ACGGGUAAAAAGCGCUAGGGAAGGAUCCGAAAACUCUUCACAGUCGCGAAGCAAAUCUGUGUUGACUCGCUAGGUAUGCGUUGAAACGUGUGCAACUCCUGUGGUCGCAGCUAAUACUAAUAGACCGGACUCUAAAUAUUCAUCCUAUUUUAUUAGUGAGACUUUUUGAAAUGGUAAAGUGUGGUGAGUGAACAGCAGAGUGUAGAUAAUCAUCAACACCAAGAGAACACAGAGAGGAAAAUUACCGGUGUAAACAAAGAAUAUAGCGCAUCCGCAGCAUCUGAAUAAUACAGUUUUCCAUGGGUUUAGUGUGAGUGUGUGUUUGUGUGCACACGUAAGUGCUUCUGGUCGCGCGCGCGUGUGUGUGUGAGGGAAGGCGAAUGUAACGCAGCAGUCAGGAAAAGUUCUUUGCCGAGUGCGAAUAGCUUGAUUGCUGGCGAAGGAAAGCAAGGAAAAAGGUGUAGUAGUGUGCAAAGGGGAAAAGGUUGUAAAAAGCCGUGCAAAAAGCUGCAUUUGAGCAGUGUGGUAACAUGUAGUGGAAAAUGAUGGCAAAAGCGAAACGGCAGCUAAUGGCAGUGCGGAGAAGCCGCGUUACGUCCGUCGAGGCGGCGUAACGGAAGAUGCGCUUCAGUUUCGCAAACAUCUAUUCACCGUGCGUCAGUGGUGUAUGUGUGUGAGUACGUGAGCUUGUGUGCGCUCAAGCGUCCAUCAUAGUGUGAAGAGGUGUGUGUGCGCGUGUGAUAUUGGAAAGGAAGAAUACGUGCCAGUAGCUACAUGUGAGUGUGUGUGUGUGCCCGCGUUCUGUUAGUUUCGUCCUGUCAACCUGUUUUGACGUUGUUCGCCGCCAUCGUGUUGCGUCAAAGUGUGUUUUUCCGGUUGUAAAGAACCGGGAUCGUGUGCCCGUGUGCGUGUAAUCGUGUUGUAAAACUUUUUUUUUAUUGCAACCAAACGAAAACACAGAAUACUGAAAGGAGCGCGUUCCGGGUUCGGGUUUGUGUGCACAGUUUGCGUGUAAAGAAAGGAAAAGCCAUUUUCUGGCAUUCGAAGCUAUCCUUCGUGUUGGAUAGUUUAUGGAAGUAUCAUACGCUACUGGUUGGACUGCGAAACAGCACUUUUGCGUUGGGUUAAACUCGCUGCCUAUGCUUUCUUCAUUUACAAGGUGUAUCAACACAAGAGCUAUACUACAACGGUUGUACUCUAUCAUCGUUUACCUUUCGUGGACAGCUUAUUGCACUACCUCCAUUAUCACCAACAACAACUCCGCGAGAGCUUCUAAUAACCAAUCGUUGGGGGACAUCUCGAGCAACACACGUUCUAAACGAACGGUCGUCGGUGAAGCAUCCGCAAAGAACCGCGCAACAGCAGUGGGCAGGAAGGUGUCCGGCGGUUGUCACGUGUAGUGUCCGGCUACUGAAAAAUGGCACCCAGAGAAGAUGCGCUCGUUGAAGCUGACCUCACCGAUAACGUUUGCACGGUAGCGGCAGGACUGUGCCGGUUCAAUAACUAUGGUCAUCUUCAGCAACAACUGCACGGAUGUACGAAAUCCGCAACUUCAUCGUGGCGGCCGUUGUGUCCCCAUCAGGACAGUGUGCGAUAAGAGUGUACACAACAGGGGUCGGGCAAUCCCUAUUCUCAUCGCUACAUCGCGCCCAGUUUUCUAACGCGUUGCGUAUAAAGUACUGCGUACCGAAAAGUGGAAAAGUAGUGUGCCCAGUUUCCACGGUUUGCUCAAUACACUGAGACUGAGAGAAAAAGGGUUAGUGAAAUAGUGCAGUGAAACAACAGCAGAAAAAAGGGGGUGAAUUUUGUUUGUAACAGCUUCUGAAAGAGAGGAGGCUUAACCGUCGCGCGAGCACAGUGGAGAAAAAAAGAUAAGGCUCGAGGAUAUUAAGUGAUACCGCGGCGCGGUACGGUAGAUAAGUGACGAGCGUUUAUCCGUUCUACCUGUUCUAACACGCGCAAACACUGUCGCCACCACUGUCGGAUGUUGUACCGGGCACAGCUGGGCCUAGGUUUUCUGAAUAGUGUGGGUGUUUUCUAGUGCAGACCGUCGCUAUCGCUCGAUAAGCGAAGUGUAAGAUAUAAAGCAGCAAAAAUCUGCAAGUAGUGGGAGAGAGAGGGAGAGUGAGAUAAUCCGUUGCCUACAGUUUUUUUUGUUGUCGUUGUUCAAAAUGUCGUUCCUAAACAAUCUGAAGAAGGUGUUUCACCUGGGCAGCGGGGAGGCGAAGAAAAAGCGCAUCUUCAACAACAUCCGGAUGGACACGGACCCGGCCGACUUCUGGGACAUGAUCGGCGAGCUCGGUGACGGGGCGUUCGGUAAGGUGUACAAAGCACAGAACAGGGAAACGAGACAGCUGGCUGCGGCCAAGAUGUGCACGCUGGAGGACGAGGAAAACCUGAGCGAUCAUAUGGUCGAGAUCGAUAUACUGUCCGAGAUCAAGCAUCCCAACAUUGUCGGUCUGUAUGAAGCGUUCUCGAUCGACGAUAAGCUGUGGAUGCUGAUAGAAUAUUGUGAUGGUGGUGCCUUAGAUAGUAUUAUGGUGGAGCUGGAGAAACCUCUCACCGAGGCGCAGAUUGCUUACGUAUGCAAGCACAUGUGCGCCGGACUGAACCAUUUACACAAGAACAAGGUGAUACACCGAGACUUGAAGGCCGGCAACGUGCUGCUGACGAUGGACGGUGGCGUUAAACUAGCGGAUUUCGGCGUUUCGGCCAAAAACAAGCACACGAUGCAGAAGCACGACACCUUCAUCGGGACACCGUACUGGAUGGCACCGGAGCUGGUGCUGUGCGAAACGUUCCGGGACAAUCCGUACGACUUCAAGGUCGACAUCUGGUCGCUCGGUAUUACGCUGAUCGAGUUCGCGCAGAUGGAACCACCGAACAGCGAGAUGUCGCCGAUGCGCGUUCUGCUCAAAAUACAGAAAAGCGAACCCCCCAAGCUGGAUGCACCGUCCAAGUGGUCGAAACACUUUAACGACUUUCUUGCACGUGCGCUUGUGAAGGAUCCUCAGCAAAGGCCGUCAACGGACGUGCUUAUGGGACUACCGUUUAUAAGCGGUAAUCUGGACUCGAAACCGAUCAAAGACCUGCUGCUCGAGUAUAAAGCGGACGUCGUGGAGGAGGAACUGGUGGACGAGGAAGCGGAGAAAGCUAAACGACAAGCGAAGCGCAGAUCGCUCUAUCAGAGGGAACCCCGCAAUUCUGCUCUUCCGCUCGACUUGGAUGAUGAUUCUUCGUCCCUGCAGAGUCAAGAAACUGACAAGCUUCCAGAUACACCUACGUCCCUCUCGAAAUCGUCCAGGGAUUCGAAAGAGUCUACUCCCGUUCCUACCACCGAAGAUGAUCCCAGCGUGAAAGCAAAAACUGGCCCAAUACCGGCUGCUGUCGGUGCGGCAGGUCCGCCGGGCCCGAUACCGCUGGAUAAAACACCUGCCAGCGUUGAAAGUAAAACGGAAAUCAAAAAAUCCCAACCGUCGCCGCCGUCAAUGGUGCCGGUCGCCGCCACCACCACCACCGCAACGCCAGAGCAAACGAUCAAAGCGUCUUCUUCCUCGGCGAAUAUCAGCGGUGGAGCGGUAAAUGUACCCACACCAGUGUUACCGGUGCCGAAAGAAGUUGCCACUGAAGUAUCACCCUCAGUCCUGCUCCCCACGGGCGACGUGCAUUCGGAGUCGGUGGUUGGUAUUGAGCAGAGGAAGGCGGCGGUUGCAGGCGGCCCGCCAAAUUCUACCGCCAUCAAGAAAGGACCGGCACCUCCCCCACCACAAACACCAACCUCCCCGACUGGGAAGCAACAGCCUGCCAUGCUGCUGCCGUUCGAUGGUUCCGUGUCCAAGGAUGUGGUUCCACCAACACCGCCGGAAACUCCACAAACACCGCCGGAAAGUGAUUCCACGGCACUCGAUCGGCCGGAUGCAACGGUGCUGGGCGGUGCAAUGCCUCCACCACCUCCCGCCCUGAUGCGGAUGGGAAGCAGCGGUGUGAUUGAAGAGCAACAGACAAAGUCGCCCCGCAAGGAGCAUGCCCCGACGCCACCGUCCGACAGAGAGCAUUCUAAGGCGACCACCCCAACGAGCGCUAAAGCAACUGUCGGCCAUGAGCGGCCUUCAUCACCGAAAACAAAUCAAGCAUUUGCUGCAUCUAGUACUAACAACGUUGCCAUUCCGAGAGCGGUUCAUCCGCAUGCUUCCACCCUGCCGGAGGAGGUUGGGGUUGACGAGGGAGUGAAAAUGAUUACCACCUCAACGCCAUCCGCGGUACGAAAUCAACUGCCGCAUCAUGCCACCUUGAUGAACAGCUCGUCGUCCUCUUCCACGACGUCGAUCACGAUCAACGAUGCGACCGUGCUGUCCGACCCAUCGAACAGCCUAGCGAGCAACGUGGCACAGGUGACGGUUGUCACUAGCCACCCACCGGUGAUCAUCGAUAACUCUGUGCCCUUGCCAGCACCAGCGGCCGCAUCUGCAGCCGGAGCAGCAGCAGCAGCAGCAGCGGCUGUAUCUUCCGGCACCUCUUCGUCUGCCUCGUCGACGAAAUCGUUCGGCUCAUCGCAGCAGCGCCGUUCUCGUGUCAUAUCUCCACCAGGCACCGGUGCCCACGAUGAGGUGAUUAUCGUCUCGAACGAGCUGAACAAAACGCAUGUCAACGAAUCGUCGACGGACGAUGACUUUCAGUCGCUGGACAGCCUGGAGAACGUUUCUCCCCGUCAUCAUCCUAUUCGUACACCUUCACAAUCGGCAGCCGGUGGGCGAGCGAUUGCGCGAAAGCUGGACGAAAGCGAGGUGCUGAUUGUUAGCUCCUCCGGCUAUGACGAACGGCGCGAUCGGGUGGUGGAUGAUCUGAACGCCGGUUCGCCGGAUCGUGAUGUGGAUGCGUACGGCGACGGUGACCUGUUUAAUGCGAGCAGCAAUAAUCUACUAAAUAAUAGCAGCAAACUGCUGCUGGACACUAGUCAUGUAUCGGUAGUAACGGUGGGCGAGGAAGAGAUCAAGGUGAAGGACUCCUCGCAGCACCAUCCGCAGCUAAUCAAUAAUCCGCACGCGUCCCCCCAUCAUUACCAUCACGAUUCCACCAGUGACCUGUCGAACGUUAGCUGCGGUCCGAGCGAAUCGAGCGACGAUGUGAAGGUGGACAUAGUGGUGGGAGCAGGCGGUCGUCAGCAGCUGGCUCAGCAGCACCAGGCUCAACAUCAUCAUCUGCACCAGCAGCAGAGAUCGCCCUCCGGUUCCUCGAUUUCGCUGCCUAGCCAAACGGGCAAAGGCGCCACGGGUGGAGGGAGUAUUAUCAAUGGUAAUAGAUACAAUGGUGGCAGUGAGUUCCAUGCAAGCCGUGAGGAUGUUAGUAUAAUUGUGAAUAAGCGAAAGAUUGAAAAGUCGCGGAUUUCACCGGACAGUAGCGUCGGAUCGCUUGAUGGUGGUGGAUCGGUUCGUUCGGCAAGUACGCCCAUUCACCACCAGAAUCAUCAUCAGCACAGUGGUGCGGCGGCUGGCGUAGUGAUCGCUGGGAGCCAUCAUCAACGAACGGGUAGUAGUGGUACGACUCCACCAACAGUAUUGGCGAAGCAUCUCCACGAUCGCAGCGAUGCGGAAAGCAUUGCAACCACCACUAGUCAUGAUAGUCGGGAGCAUGCAGCGGUCGAGCUGGAAGAAGAGGUGACACUCCGACGGAAGCCGCUUCCCUCGCUUGAUCUCGACGACGACAAGGUAGUACCACCUUCCGCCGGGGGACCAGUAUCGUCCGGAUCGUCCACGUUGGUCAGUAGUGCCGGCGGUAGCAGUGUUGCUACGACGGCAACGGCACCCGGACCCGCUGGAGCUGCUGGCGUAGUGGCUGCUGGUGCUGUUGGUACAGGUGCUGCUGCCGGUACGGCUGCUACCGGCGGCAAUGGUACGGCGGGCAUCCGACAAAAAGCUAACCGUAACUUUACCAAGGAAGAAUUGCACCUGCAAAAUCUGAAGAAGAAAACGCGCAAACGGACCCGUAAGUUUGAAAUCGAUGGGGUACAGGUGACGACCACCACCAGCAAGGUGAUCUACAGUGAUGAGGAUAACAACAAGCUGUACGAUGAUCACCUGUUCCGCAAGCAGGAACUGCGCGAGCUGAAGAUGCUACAGAAGCAGGAGAAGAAACAGUUCUACGAUCUGCAGGGUAAGGAAGCGAUCGCCAAAGAGCAGCAGGAGAAAAAGUUCGAACAGGAGCGACUGCAGCUCGAGCGCACGUUCGAGGCAGACAUGGACGUGCUGGCCCGCCAGCACCGACAGACGGUGGAGAAGUUCGAACAGCAGCAGGAAGCGGAACUGCGCAACACGUCCAAGAAGAUCCGGGCGGAACAGGAGCGAGACCUGAAGCUGUUCCGGGACAGUUUGAAGCAGGAAAUACGGUUGCUCAAGCAGGAGGUCGAUCUGCUGCCGAAGGAAAAACGAAAAGAUGAGUUCCGCAAGCGAAAAACACAGAUGGAGUUUGAGCACGAGGAGCGUGAAAAAUCGUUCCUGUCGUCGCUGUCCGAAAAUCACGAGCUGGCGCUGCGGCGAAUCAGCGAAAUCUAUCGCGAAAAGCUGUCCGCUACCGACAAGGGUUACCUGCAACAAAAGCAAACGGCAAUGAGAACGCGCGAAGCGAUGCUGUGGGAGCUGGAGGAGAAACAUAUUCACGACAAGCAUCAACUGGCAAAGCGUCACGUGAAGGACAUUUGUUUCAUGCAACGGCACCAGAUGAUUAUCCGUCACGAGAAGGAAUUGGAUCAAAUCAAGCGUAUGAUCACCCGGAAGGAAGAGGAACUGUUGAAGCGUCAAACGAUCGAAAGGCGAGCACUGCCAAAGAGAAUCCGUGCCGAACGGAAGGCGCGCGAUAUGAUGUUCCGUGAGUCGUUGCGUAUAUCGAUGACCACCGAUCCGGAGGUGGAGCGGGACAAGCUGAAAAAGUUCCAGGAGCAGGAGAAGAAGCGUUACAACCAGGAGCAGUUACGCUUUGAAACAAAGCACAGCAAACAGCUGGAAGAGUUAAGAGCUACCUCAGAGGGAUCGAUUAGGGAACUGGAACAACUGCAGAACGAAAAGCGGAAGCAGCUGCUUGAGCACGAAACGGCGAAACUUCGUGAGUGUGACGAAGCACUGCAAAAGGAGUUGCGCGAAUGGAAGGCGCAGCUGAUGCCCCGAAAACAGGCGAUUGAGAAGCAUCUUAGCCGCAUGGUGGACGAGUACGAGGACCGUUGGGGUCCGGUCGAUCGCCGCGAGUUUGAUGGCGAUUUUACCGUGCCGCCGGAGCUGCGCAAUCGCACCAAUUCCCUCAAUACCCUUUCCCUCCGGCUGCUGAACAUCACGCGCUCCCGUACGUUCCUAACGCUUCCCACGAUGGCAAACGGUGGCGUUGCUGGUGGUGGUGGUGGUGGUGGUGGCGGUAGCGGUGGUAGCACCAACCGGAACAGUAUACACAGCUCGGUGCCGGAUCUUAGUCGGUCCAUGCCCAACACACCCAACUCCGGGCACAAACUUUCACUCGCGUCGUCGUACGAUUCGGUGCUAGAGGAGAACGAGGGUGACAAUCAACUGCCAGCGUCGUCGAUGGGUGCGGGUCGUGGUGGUGGUGUUAAUGGUGGUAGCAGUAGCAGAGGUGGUCCACCUUCCGCCAUCAAGUACAUCCACACCAACGAUCCAGUGGUGAGCGGCAAUGUGCACGUGAGACGCAAAUCGGAAGACAUGCUCUCGGGGAAGUCGCGAUCGACGCGCGUACCGAUCAAAUCAUUCCUCCACUCGAACACCCCGGUUGGAUCGAGCUAUUACGGUGGUGAUUAUGGUGGUGGUCCGCGUGGCACAACGCCGACCGGCCCGGUGGCAUAUUACUCCGACUCGAAAGAUCGUGUCGUUUCGAUCCGUGUGAACAAUCAGGCCACCAAUCGGAAACCGGCAAACAUGUUCGAGGGUAUGACAAACCGUUCCAACAUACCGCAACCUUACACGGCAACUGGCGGCACGAUGCCGCGCCGUACCUCCGCUGGCUGGGGACCGAGUCGUCUCGGCGACAACACGUUCACAACCGCCUCGGACGCAAACAUUAACCGCCUGACUACGUUCAGUUCUGCCCGCGGUGGGCUACCACUUCCUGCGGCGAAUGGUAGCGGCGGUGGUCGCAAAACUACGACACCCGGUUUGAAACUAUCACCCUCGACUCCUGUGCUACUAGCACCGAGUAAGGAUGAUGAUACGGUGGUGUAAGCUAUCGGCUACGUGCCAAAGCCGAAAAGAGGCAAAUUCAACAAAGAAAAACUCCCUGCCGCGUUUCAACGAUGACGCAUGUCCGGCCCGAUCUUAGAACCGGAUGGGGUGGUGUAUAGCUGUGUCCGGAUGAUCGACCAUUUCGCUACAGCCACACACUCGACCUUUUGUUUAUCCUAUCCUAAUUCCCGAAAACUCCCUAGCACUCGAAUCGAAUCCAAGCCGCGCACACUCACUUAAACAGCAUCAUCAGGCAAUCCAACGUGUGGAGCAACCUCGAAGGACGCCAAAGAUGUGUUUCGGUCGUACUAACCUGCUACUACUACUACUACUACUAACCGCAUCGUGAACGGGGAAUGGCUACUAACCUUCAAGGCGAUAGCAAACGAGCACCCCCCCCUUUUACUAAUACAUCUACCGAGAAGCACCUCGUGUUCUACCCGUAAGAAGAAAAAAAAACAUAAGAAAAUGUAUGGGAGAGUCUUCGAAGGAUGCGCAGACCAACCAAACCACAGUACCGUAGAAACAUAAUCCGGACGAUACAGGAUCGUGCGCGAGUCUAGUUUCUCUCUCCGGAAGUAUACACACAUUUUAACGGAUUGCUAAGGACAGUAUGGCCGUAUGCGCUUCCAUUACACCGAAAACCCCCUCCUUCCCCUCUUUGUACCUCCAUUACCGUCUUCCGAAACGAUGGUCGAUUCUUUUGACGCCUGACACUAUGCAAUCGUCCGUUAAAUCAAUCAGCGCCUCGAGGAAACGUUUGCCCAGCAGCUGGACGAGAUGGAACAGUUGUACGGCAACAGCCUAGUGCCGAUGCCACCGCAAUCACCGCAGGCGCACGACCCGCACCCGCCGCACCUGCACCACCAUCAUCUGCUGCAGGUCGGGGGCUCGACGCGGAGCAGCAUUUCUUCGUAUUCCGAUGGAUUGGGCGCAUGACAGGGGGCGGCAGGCUUCAGGGCACGGUACAACAGUAUCAGCGGCACCGGAACGACGAGCGGUGGCGUUGGUGCGAGCGGCGGCGGCGGCAGCAGCAGCAGCAGCAGCAGCUUCCGGAACAGCAGCAGCUAGUAGUGUGGUCGAUAGAGGAGGGCAACUGUUUGCUGCACCUGUGCUAGCACUUCCCUGCUGCUUUUCCGGGCCAGAGUUGUACCCCACCCCUGAAGUUCUGCCAUAAGUUAAGUAAUGGCAAAACUGUGUCUACAAAACCGAGCAACAAAAUCAGUAGCUAAUUGUUUUCUUAUAUGUGCCGUGGCAAAGAACUCAAACGCUGUAAAGAGAGCUGAUAGUGGCUUCCGAGGAGGAAGGGACGGUUGCAUCGAAGGAUAACAGGAUAUAUCAGGAUGGAGUAGUAGUAGUAGUAGCGUUUGUAACAGAAGUGACGUCAUGACACCCGGCGGCUCCAUAUAAGAUACAUCGGCGUUCAAUGGCGCUGGAGCAGACUAGUGAAACCCAUGCGGUUGAAGCACUGUAAAUGGUUGGUACUGUCUAGUGUUAUAAUUAAUUUUCCCCGCUUAAUUAGUCGCGUACGGAUUGGAUUGAACGUAUCAAUAGCUGCAACAUGUGUAGCGUAACGAAGCGACAAGCAUUAAACCUACCAAAACUGAACCUUAAUGUAACACGAACAAUAGGGGAGGGGGAUUCAAUGGGUUUUUAAAACUUUAAAAAUUCGGCUCAUGCAAAGUAUUGCUCCCACGUUUCGCUUGUGUGUACAAUAAUAUUACUUACACCGCAAAAAAAUAUGCUGCCGUUGUUGUUUGCCAAAAUUGUGUGGUUUUUUUUUUUAUAAAUAUUUUCACCUAGCGGUGUGUCGGUUGUAAAAAGGUUUUGCAGGAUGACGUCCUUUUGGGUGGUGAUCGCACAUGAUCGCGGUGUGCGAUUUCUUCUUCCAGUAGUAAUUAGUUAGGGCAAGUGUUUCAGUAAAUUUGCUUCCAGUAGUAAAUGUGUAUCAAAAUUUUGUCUCACAACCCAAGCGGGCAGUGUUUCAUUGAAUUGGUUGGCGAAGAUUGAAUCCGGACCCUCUGAAAAGUAAUACACCAACACGCGCGGUACACGGCACGGCCCCGUGAUCAAAUGAUAGUUACGCAUUUUUGUGGCGUAAUCGAGCAGGAAGGUGUAUUUUAUUUUAAACGUUUAGAUUUUAACGAUAGUUUCCCUUGCACGGUCGGCCUGUCGACCGCUGCAUCGCCUUUGGUAUGUUAUAAAUGUGUAUUUUUUUUAUCUC